UAGAACUGUUCAGUAAAAGACGAUGCAGUAGCAGCAAGCAGUGUUUUGUGCCUUGAGAAAUGGAAAUUAACCUUCUCCGGCUGUUUCUUCUAAUUUCUUUUGUUCAUUUCAGCUAUGAAUCCUGCUAUACAUACUACUCGACUUCGAAGAAAGUAUGCAGUGGUUGGUGGUUUUGGAGAGGAUGUGGGAAAGUGUAUAAGAAACAUAGCCGAUGCUGUUCUGGUUACAGUGGAUGGGCUUGUCACAUACCGCGAUGCCGCAGAGGAUAUUCUCCGGAUGCUUGCAACAUUCCUGGUGAAGGAUAUAUCAAACAUAAAAGUGGCAUAAUAGUGAGGGACAGUGGAGGGACAUGUGUCAGUCCAGCAUACUGUGUAGGCUGCCAUGAGGGGUUUUAUCCUGUAAGUGAUCACAGCGGUUAUUGCAAAGCCUGUCCAAAGCCAGCACACUGCAACUUUCCUUUCUGUACAACAAGUACUAACAGCAGAUGUAAGUAUUGUUUUGGUGAACAUGCUAGAGAUAAAGUCGGUUUCAACGAAUAUACAGGAAAGCCAGACGACAGAAUGUGUCAAAAGGCGUGUUCUUGGAAAGAAGGGGCAAGGUGUUUUCCAGGAUCAUGUUCAAACACUACGUUUAUGAUUCUUGAUAAAGACUGUAAAUGUGCUCCUGGGUUUGGAGGAAGAGAUUGCGCCACAGCGAAUUCGCAUAAGCUGCCAACAAUAAAGGAUCUAUCAUUAACCCUGGAAGAUUCUCCUGAACCUAAGUUCAUUGUUGACAAGUCGCUUGGUUUGACAUUCUGGACAAGGUCAACUAGUUGGUCGCAUAUUUCGAUGAAUGCCUCAUCCAAUUAUGUUCCUGAAAUUGAUAGCGGAAAUAUGCCGAACUAUAUAAACAAGUAUCGUAUUGGUAUAGAGGCUAUGAAGAUCGAUUUGACAUUGUCAAGGGGUCUAGAGGUUGAUGUUUGGACAAUACAUGGGAAUUGCAUUAAUUUCGGCGAGAAUUGUGAUGAAACGAUUGCCAACAAGCCAAUAAAUAUGAUAUCGUCUUGGAAGAAACUGUUUAAAGGAAACUUUCAACAUGGGGAUAUUAUCAAGUUUAGCGUUACAGCUGAAAAUGGUGGAAAGGUUUAUUAUGAAGACAGAAGUGUGACCAUACCAUACCCCAUACGGCAAUAUAGUUUAACUGGAAUAGCCAAAACAGAGGCUGUUGUAGUUGGAGUUGACAUACUCCCUCCUGUACAUUGCUUUGAACAAAGCAAUAAUUGUACUGAAGAUGCAUUAGUAGCUACUGAUUUCUUGACGCAGCCAAAAGUAACUGUGUAUUGGAAUGGAUGGCUUGAUAGUGAUUCGGGAAUAGGGGAAUACAUCUUUAAUAUCUAUGCACUGGAGAUGAAAUCGCACGGAGGUCCACUGACAAAUGGACAUAUGCUACCUGAAAGAAACGCUAGUAACUCUCAAUCUUCAAUUACACUUGAUCUAGAAGAACCUGGUCCAUAUUCCAUAGAAAUUCUUGCAUAUGAUCGUGCAAAAAAUUAUAAGGUUGCAAGACGAAUUAUUUUGUUUGACAACGCGUCUGUUGUUAGCCUUUUCGGUGACAGGACUAAGGUGUACCAAGCUGGAGUUACCGGCUGGAUAAAUAAAUACAGCGACAGUAUUGAAGUUACUUGGCCAGGGAGAUUUCGAAAUGACAGACAUAGCAACGGAGGUUGGUUAAAUGAAGUUCAAGAAAUAAAAGAGGUUGCGAGAGACCUUGAUGAUCGCGAGGGAAGAUCAAGUAGAACUGUAGACAAAAUUGACAAUAUUGAAGGGAUAAUUAGAUUUGAAACUGCGUACACUGUGGAACUGAACAAAAUUUCAAAAUACAAUGACUUCCAGAGAGUACCUGAUGAAUAUUUUCAUGAUGAAAAAAUGGUAUUUACAAAUGAAAGGUUGAUCGACGGCAAGAAAUUGACUUAUUUUGUACGCGGCUAUGAUGCUAUAGGGGAAUACGCUGAGGACAAUGUAACAGUGAUGAUAGAUCUGUCGCCUCCAGUUAUACAAAAUUUGUGGCUGACAAAGGGAGAUUUAGUCAAUAUCAGCGUUCACAGUGUUUUGGAAUUGAAAGAAUUGACAAUUGAAUGGGAAGCAUUUGAUUAUCAUAGUGGUAUACAUGAGGUGUCGUGGAAGAUAUUUGAUAACUUUACGAACGAUGUUGUAGUACACGGUAACGCCCAUGAACCUCCACAAGGAGAAACAACGGAUUUAAAGGAAUGUAAUCAAAAAUAUGGUUUAUAUCCUCGAGGACCAAACUGCUACUGUUCUCCGUAUAAUGGAUGUUUUCAUAGACAUUAUCAGAUCAAACCACCAGUUUCUAAUGGUAGUAAUGGGGGUUUACACUUUGGUAAAGAAAUAGGUGAUCAUGAUUACGACUAUUAUAUAGAGGUAACUGUCAUCAACAGUGCUGGAUUGUCAACAACCGAACACAAAAAGAUUACGAUCGACACAUCCCCACCACACGAGGGCAGAGUACACGAUGGUAUACCAGGAGAUGCUGAAGUUGACUUUCAGCAGUCUUUAAAGCUUGAAGGUUAUUGGGAUGAUUUUUUUGACAAAGAAAGUGGAGUGUGGUUAUAUACAUUUGGCUUCGGUCAACAAUGUUUACAUGAAAAUGAGCUCGAUAUUCAUUCAAAAGUGAAUUGGACGUACGACAGUAGAGCUGAGUUUACAACACCAAAACCUGGCAAAUAUUUUCUCACUGUCAUGGCAUAUAAUCACGCACUUGGGCAUAGUAAAGCUGUUUGUUCUGACGGUGUUACGAUAGACAUCUUACCGGCAAUAGUGUCAGAAGUUGUACUUCAUGAUGCAGUAACGGCAAGCGGUCUUAUCAAGAGUGAUCUUAAUGAUACAGUUUAUGUUUUAUAUAGAAACCGUGAAUUGGAGAUAAUUGAUAAUCCAACUAAUACUUGCAGAGAUCAAGCAACGCUAGUGCCGGACUCCAAAAUAAAACUCUACCCUCAAAAGAGACAUUCUAACGGAACGAUGAGUGUAACCUAUUUGAAUGACGAAUGUAACAAUCUUCAUGGUGUCCACUCAGACUUACUUUCUUAUGUUACAUCUGAUUCAAGGAUUGAUAUAUCAUGGAAUGUUACUUUUGGAGCCGGAAGCGUUCAUGAUUACGAAGUAGGAAUAGCGUCUGAGAAGUCUAAGUUCCCAGAUGUUAUGGACUUUACUUCUUCACACCAUCAUCAGCAUAUGCGCUUAUUUCAUCCUGAUAUUUUUGACGGGGAACAGUUUUUUGUCAUGAUAAAAACCAUUACGAAAUCAUCCGUCACAGACAUAAAGACAAUUGGACCGUUUGUGUACGACUCAUCAAAGCCAGAUUUUUCUGGAGAAAUCGGUCUUUCUGUUGAAAAUACAAACAGCGAUACUUUUCUGAUAGCAAGAUGGAACAAAGAUGCUUUCACAGAUCACGGAGAUCCUAAUGCCUUGAGAUACGAAAUAGCUAUUGGAACCACAAGAAAUGGAAAAGACAUUCUUCCAUUUACCAGAAUAUCUACUGGGGGAAGUUGCAAUACGCUAACACCGCCGACUUGUUCAGCUUUAUCAACGCAUUUACUUCAAUGGCACUUACAUGGUGAAAUUGACUAUUUUGUUACUAUUAAAGUAAGAGAUACGGCAGGUCAUUUUGUGACAGCUUCCUCAAAACCAUACAGACACAACAUUGAAUUGGCAUCGAAGGGCAUUGUUCAUGAUAUCGACGGCAGUUCGUCAAAGUUUGUUGACAUUGAUGACAUCGACUAUCAAACAAGUACCUCUAAAGUAACAGCGAGAUGGUCAGGCUUUGAGCACCCACAUGAAGAUAUAAACUUUACAGUUUGCAUUUCUAACACUACUUCCAAAGACUUCAUAACAUGUGCAGAUAGCGUUUCUGGGAAUAAAUAUACAUUCUCUGGUCUGAAUCUAAAACCUUAUCAGAUAUAUUACCAAACUGUUAUAGCCAACACAGAAGCAGGCAAUGUUACCGCAGUCUCUGAUGGGGUAACGGUUGUUGUAGAAGGGGAUCAAAUAAGCGGAAUCGAUGUAUUCGAUGGUGUUAUUUGUAAUGAUUCUGUUGCCGAUAUCAACUUGACGACGUCUCAUCAUGACGAGGACAAACAUUUACAGUGUACAGAAGAUAGAGAUUUCCAGGCAUCAACAAAUGUGCUUCAGGCACACUGGAAAUUACCAACUGAAAGAGAACAUGUUUUACGUGAUAUACACUGGGCUGUAGAGGAACGAGCUCCUGUUGCAAAUAUAUGGAAGAUUCAUAGUGACUAUGAACCAUUGAGAACUAGCACGUCAUACAUGAAAGAAAGUGGUUUAUCAUUAUCGCCUGGUCGAACAUAUAGAAUAUCUUUGAAAUUCUGUGCAAGACAAUAUUGUUUCAAACCAGUACAUAGUGACGGUGUUACUGUUGUUCCAAAUCCCCCAUUAACUGGGAAUAUGUCAGUUAUAUAUACCGCAAAUACAACAUUGGUUGAAGUCGAUUUGGAACCCUUUAGAGAUUCGGAUAUUGAAGAUCUUACUAAGUCGAAAGACGUCAUGGGUCAUUAUGAAUGGGCAUUUGCAGAUGAAUCUGUGUUAGGACGACUACUAACAAAAUGGACACGGCUAUCGUAUAAACCAUCCAAAUAUGAUACUUCGUUCAAUUUCACAAUAGACCUUAAUGAAGAAAUUACUUUCACAAAGUGUUGGAUAUUGAUUAUUCGUGGGUAUACUAAAGCUGGUUUGUCGGCUACAAAAUCUUCAGAAAUCAGAAAUUGUAAGGACUUGCAACAAGUACGGCCAAGUGUGGUUAUUGACGCGGUCGGAGACCCUUUAUCGACAGAAGACGACCAUGUCGGAAAAGAAAUCUUCUUAACUGAAAAUGAUGUUUGGAAACAGCCUGACAGAGAUUAUACCCCAUAUAGCAACAUUUUAAGUGCAGUGUGGCCUACAUUAAGGCACUCGCAAUACACAUGGGCUGUAUUAUUAGUAAAGGUGGAUGACCCGACAGUGUUUUACGAUCGGUCAAAGAAGUUGAACUUGGACGAUCCAUGCGAACACCCCGAUGCUAUCAAAUGUGGAAAGACAGACAACGAAUUCGUCAAUGUUGCCUUCAAUUCUGGUGAACUUGCACAUGGCAAACGCUAUAUAGUGUGUAUUCACGCUAAUGCAUCUAAGAUAGAACAUGAGUUUUGGGAUCAAGAAUUAGAGGAGAUUGACGAAUGUAGCAACGGGAUAACAGUUGAUCUAACAGCACCAGUUGCAGCCAAUGUGUGGAUAGGGAAUGAGAAAGAAGACUUAUUUCAAACAUCAAUAUCUGAGCUAUCAGUACAUUGGAACUCAUUCACAGAUGUUGAAGAGGAAGGCUAUGCUGCUCAUGUCAGUGGCAUUACACACUAUGAGGUUGCUCUAGGAAGUACCUCAGGCGGUAUAGACAUUAAACCGUUCACUGAUGUUGGACUAACGAAUCAUAAGACAUUUCAUGACCUCCAGCUUCAAAAUGGACAUACCUACUUUGCUACAGUUAUUGCUUACGACUUUACGGGUCAGUUCUCAGAUGCAAAAUCCGAAGGGAUAAAGGUAGAUACAACACCACCACAACUCACAAACGCCACAAUUACUUUACCAUCAAGGCAUAUUUCUGACACGGAAUUUGUAGAAGCUUGUUGGCAAAAUGUGUUUGUGGAUUUAGAGAGCGGGGUCUCACAUUAUAGUUGGGCAGUAGGUACACAUGCGGGAUAUGACGAUGUUUUUUCAUUUGAUGAUACAGAGGAUGAGUGUGCAAAAACUCCAGAAACCACACCUUUGGUGUUAAAAGAGGGUCAUGCAUACUUCGUGACUGUCAAGGCACAUGAUAAAGCAGGGUUAUACGCAGCAACGUCAUCCUGGGCAUUUACAGUUGAAGCAACUCCACCGGUCUCUGGUAAGGUGUACGAUGGUCCACCUGGAAUAGACGGGUCAUGUAUCGAUGUAGAUUACAUAGAGAAUCAUUCAACAUUAAAAGCUCAUUGGAAAGGCUUCCAUGACCCACAUAGUACUAUGGUCGAAUAUUUUGUGAAUAUAGGAUCCUGUAAAGAUUGUGAAGAUGUUCUUGUAAAACAAUCCGUUGGUAUUAAAACAGAUGUUGAAUUUACUUUUCUGCAAUUAUCAGAAGGACUUCACUAUUAUGUGACUGUAUCGGCGUGCAAUACAGCUGGACUAUGUUCAUCUGCAACAUCAGAUGGCUUUGUCGUAGAUUCAACUCCACCAAUACGUGGAAUAUUGACAGAUGGGCCUUUAGAAACUGAAUUACAGUACCAAGCAUCUAGGUUGAAAUACUUUAAAAUAAUGAAUUAUAUGGGCUGUGAGGGGGGCAGAAUGUAUGUAGAAGCCACAUCUAAUGGUUUCAUUGUUGAUGAUACCCCACCAAUAUUUACCACUAACUUAACAAUGGCACAGAUCGGGACGAUUAAAAAUGGAACAACCGUGUCAAGGACAACUCUUAGAGUGUAUUGGGAUGUCAAAGACGAAGAGUCAUUUAUUGAAACUCAACAUCUUUCUAUAUCUUCACAUAUGGGUGGAGAUUUUAAUUUAUCAUCUACUAAAGUUGAUGGUAUUGUCAGAGAUUACACAUUUUACCGUCUUGAUUUUCAACCCGGGAAUUAUAUUGUGCCUUACACACCAAUGACUAUAAAACACGAUGUUAAUGCAACGUUUCACGAAGAUGGAAAAGUUCAAACGUUCAAAUUCCAUACACAAAAGCUGCGAGAAAACAUGACAGUUUUCAUAAGUGUUACUGCCAAUAAUCAUGUUGGACUCACCAGUGACAUUGUCCAUUCUCAAUUUAACUUGCUAUUCGGGGGCAUAAUGGAGCUUAUUCGCAGAUGCGAAAGCUAUUCAUGUGAAGGUCAUUGCGUGUGUGCUCCACAUGGUAAGAUGUGCCACAGUAACAAGCGGUGUAACGAUAUAAGUGGUUCCAGUAAAAACAGUACUUUUAUUGAGAUUGAAGACUACCUAGAUCUACGAUUUCCAGACAAUUACGCACAUCCUCUUCAUUCACCAUUUAAUAGUAUUCUUGCUGCAAAAUGGAGACUGACACAUCUAGUGGGAAACAGUCCCCUUUGGUACGAGUGGAGUGUAGGUGAAAGUGACUUUGACGAUCCAAUUGGUGUAUUUGAUAAAGUUAAGGACAAAGUAUGGCACGAAAUAGGUCAUGACAAUGAUAUCGUAUUCACUGUUGAUAGAGGCAAACAUGUUCUUCUUGAACAUACAUCGUACUCUGUCUUUGUUCGAGCCUGGUAUAACAGUGAUUCGUACGCUAUAUUUAAAAGUGAUGGUCUAACAAUAUCCCACACGCCCCCUUUGUCGAUUGUUACAAAUGGAAGAUCAGUGAAGGAAUUAUCUACAGAGUCAAAAAGGGACGUUGAUUUUAUAACAAGAAAAACUCAAGUCCGUGCUGAUUGGACGGGAAAGUUUGUAGGCCAAAUAUCUAAGUAUCAUUUGUACAUAAGUACUCAUCCUGGAGGUCAUGAUUUGCAUGCAAUAACAAAAAACUUGAAGCCCUCUUUUACAAGCUACAACAUAACAGGAUUAAAUUACGAAGAAAAUACCAGGUACUACACAGUCGUACAAGCAUUUAAUCUAGCUGGUCUACAUACUACGGAGGUAUCUGAUGGAUUUAUGCUUGAUGUAGAUCCACCAUCUCCAGGGAUAGUCAUGGAUGGAAUUGUUUCGCUAGACAAGCACGCUACAAGCGACACCGACCGAGUACAGUCCUUCUGGCAUGGGUUUUCUGAUACCGAAUCUGGUAUCAAAAACUAUGAAUACUGUAUUUCCUCCGGGGACAUGCCUGGCGAAUGUGAUAUAAAACCACUUGCACCGGUUGGGAUCGCCACAAGUAUCAAGUUUUAUCCUGAAAGUCCGUUAGAACAUGGUGGCAUUGUUCGAGGGGAGGUAAGGGCUCGGGAUGUGAUAGGACACGUGUCUCAGCUUGUUUCUUCAAAUGGACUUAUAAUUGAUACAACAGCUCCUGUCAGGGCAAAACGUAUUGAAUGUCAACCGAAUUCCUUAUCGGACUCAUCCUUUGAAAAUAUCAUGAAUCAUGAGGACAAUUCUACAAUAUGUGAUAAUAUAACAGAAUCACAGUGGGAUUUGGCUCGAGAUACUUGCGUUACUCUCGAGAAGUCAAACAUGGCACAACAUGGUUCUAUAAAACUACAUCUACAGGGUUCGAUUUCACAGAAAGUUGAAACCAAAAUGCAUAGCAAAUACAGGUUGAUAUUUCAUACAUCAACUAUACCAUCAAAAGUGUUGCACCUAUCAGCUGUUGAAGGAUACGCCCAGGUAAAUGAUCAAAGACACGUGUUUAUGAUGUACAGUAAGCCUAACACUGAUACGUACUCGUGGCAGAAACAUAUUUACUAUUUCCAUUUGGAUACUAAUACAUCCAUAGUAGAGUUUGGCACUGUUAAAUCGCAUGCCGCGUUUGCUAUCGACGGGAUUGAAUUUCAACUUUGUGAAGUAUCAGCAAAUGAAACAGACGAGGCAGACGGACAUGUUCAUAGCCAUACCGUAUUCGUUCACGAUUGGUCAUCUAUUCAUGCUGAAUGGUCUUUCAUUGAUCCAGAAACUGAUAUACUUGAGUACCUGUGGGCUAUUGGCACUGUUAAGGUUGGUACUCAGUUACAAACAUUUGUCAAUGUUGGACGACAAACGUUUGCUAGUAACAACACACUUAGACUGGAACACGACACUGUGGUAUAUAUAACAGUUAUUGCAAUCAAUGCUGCGGGACUACGUACGGUGAGCUACUCACAUCCAAUUAUGAUCGACUUAACAAAACCGGAAUGUCAUUUUGUUAAUGAUGGCCCCGUACUUGGACAAGAUUUUGAUUUCAUUAGAGGGCUUAAACUGGAUUUCCACUGGGAUGUAUCUGAUCCGGAGUCUGGACUAGAGACGUGUUCCUGGGCAUUAGGAACUUCAAUGGGUGAUACCACUAUUCAAAAUUAUGUCAUAAUCAAACCUGACCAAAAGAAUACAACCAAAUUAUUUACCAGCAUUCCUCAAGAAAAGGUGUAUGCUACUGUAAAAUGUACAAAUGGCGCUGGAUUAACGCACACAUGUUCAUCUGAUGGGGUGAAAAUUAUUCAGUCACCUCCAUCUGUUGAUGACGUUAUGUUAGAGCUACUGACAUCCUCGGAAACCCAGUACGAGACUAAAGGUCAUUACCAUGGCAACAAGACUGAAAUACGGUUUCGAUGGACAGGCUUCAAGUCUGAUGACGGCGUUGAAAGUUAUUUGAUUGCCCUUGACGGAGUUAAAGUGUCGGCGUCAGAUAUUAUUCAAAGUUCAUCUUCUGGCUACAGUUACGGAAGUUUUACAGGACUGAACAUGAUGGACGGAAAAUACACUGUAUCAGUAACUGGUAUAAAUGAAGUGAAAAUGUACAGUCAGAAAACGUCCAGCGUAUUCGAUUUAGUCACUAUUCCACCGAGUCUCACUGGAUCACCAAUUCAAACCCACUGGAUAAAACAGACAUCUAUAGCUUUUGCAUCAUGGGAAAACGUAUUUGCUUCAAGUAAUCCCCUUUACUUUGAAGUAUCAGCAAGGUUGACAGAAGGUGGAGAAGGAGAUCUCGUUCAAUGGCAGGAAACAGUUGAUACGCGGAUUGAAAUAGUUCUUGACACGAAGGAAAUGCCUAUUGCUGGUGUGACCGUCCGCUUUUCUGUUAGAGCAAUAUCGCCUGUUGGGUUGUUUAACACUGCAUAUGGCGAUCUCUUUGUAUUGCCUUAAGUUUGAUGAAUAGGAUAAUGAGUGACAUGACACAACCUUAAUGUGUAAAGAUUUCAAUUAUUCUACUAUACAUGUAUCUAUGUUUUAGUACAUUUAUUGUCUUCCUGAUCAUUAUAAAUCCCAACAACGAGAUUAUUAGUCUAUGACUUGUUGGUUUUGUGCUCUUUUAACAGUUCUUUAAAACAGGAUAUUGACCUAUCAAUGAAAAUAACAAAAUUUGUUAUUCAAUUAAAACCAACAUAAAUGUAUUCUCUUGAUUUUUAUAAUAUUGAAAUAGACCAUCAGCAAGUAUUUUAUGUAUCAAAAAGAUAAAUUUUGGACCUACCAAUUGUUUCUUAAUAAUUUUGAAAAGAUGAGAACAACGUAGUAUAGUGUAUCAAUCAAAUCAGAAAAAAGAAUCACUACCUUUGAAUAAAAAAAAAAAUAUACAAAGAUCCCAUUCAUUAUUCCUGCAAUUAAAACAUGUUUAAAUUCAAAAUAAAUAGACUUACAUCAAAAUUUCUAUUACGUCUACUAUGCUAUCUGUUCUCUUCACAAAUUCGUAUUUGGGAUCAUAAAACGGAAGCAUUUUCAUGUGUGUUCAUUCAAAUGAAUAAGUUAAUAAUAAUAAAUAAAUAAUAAUAAA